AUGGUCAAUCAUGAUGCUAUCAAGUUGGAGAACACCACCCCUAUUAACUCCAAGACCGUGUUUGUGAAGGAUAAUCCCAAUCUUCCACUCCCACAAGUAAGCACACGUCUCAAAAAGAUUAAGAAUGAUAAGUGUAAGCAUGAGAAGAAGCCAUUACCUAAACCAAAUCAUUUAUGCAUUUUUACUUAUGGAGAGCAUGGUGACUAUAGUGCACAAUGCAUUAAAAAUAGGGAAGCCUCAGACAGAAAGCUCAUGUAUCUAGCUAACCAAUCUAAAGUCUUGAACAACCAAGUUGUAAAUCUUUUCAAGCUUUUAGAAAGGUCAAGUGUGUCCAAGCAUGGUCAUGCAACAUCUUCACAUGGAUCACCUGCUAGAAUGCCCAAAGCUUCUUCUACUUUCAAGGUUAAAAUUGAUUUACUUACUUCAGGGGAGAAGAGAGUUAGUCCUUCACCCAUUCCCCGGCCUAACCCGAGUUUUAUGAAGGAAAAACAAGUAUGGGUGACUAGGGAGGAUACUAAAAAACUCACCAUCUCAACUAAGUUGGAGGCCCUGAGUGCUUCUAACAAGAUAAUGACUCCUAAGAAGUAG